AGGUAUUCCGUCGCGCUUUCAGCGCACACCCAAACAUGAUGAAAGCUAUUUUUGUAUUAACCCUUACCUUGUAUUUCAUUUCAAUACGUUCAUUAGCUGCUUCAAGUAUACAAAUCGAUAACAAUGGAUAUUCAAAUAUUCUCAUCGCCUUGCCCCCAAAUUUGGAAAAGACAGAGGACAGAAGUCGGAUGAUAAAUAAUUUAAAGAAUUUACUUCAGCAAUCGUCUGAAAAACUGAUGAAUGCUACGAAAGGAAGAGCUUAUUUCCGCAAUGUUACAUUCAUAACACCAAGCAAUUGGAAUGAAACUGACUACUCGAUGUCUGGUAGUCGAAACUCCGAAACUGAAUUGAGCAGUGAUAUGGCUGACAUCGUAGUGACUGACUCCCCCGAAGAUACUUCUUCGUAUGUCCUACAUCACAGAGGAUGUGGCUAUCAUGCUCUCAAGAUUUACCUUUCGACCGGUUUUCUUCUAUCAAGCCAUGUACUGCAAAAUAGUUCCGAAUUUGUUCGUUUGUGGGCUGAGUACAGGUAUGGCCUUUUUCCAGAGGGUGGAUUUCAGGAGGACGAAAGGUAUCCUCUGACAUACCAACUUCCUUGGAAAUCUACAAGCAGCGUCACAGGAUGUUCAAGUGGAAAGCACUGCAUAUACACACCUGGAAAUGAUGAUGAGUCGUGCGAAGAACAAUUCACGUCUUCUCUUAUGGAUCAACACUUAACGAAGGCAAGUUGGUUUUGUGAAGUUGAACAUUACAUUGGAGUUAGACAUUUUCCUGAAGCUCCUUCUAAGCACAACCUUCUAUGUCGUGAAGAAGGCACAUGGUUCACAGUACUGAGGAAUCCAGAUUUUGCUAAAGGGAGGAAUGCAGCUAAAAGACAUCCUUCUUCUCCUGAUGUUACCUUCCAGUACGUCAGAGAAUCAUUGGCUCCAAGAGUGGUUGUCGCUAUAGAAACUACAUCGCAGAUGAAUAUUCAGUUUAGGUAUUCACUAACAAAGAAUGCCUUCUCUCGUUUCGUCUUAUAUGACCUACCUUACGGAAGUGAACUGACAUUAUACGUCUUCGAAAAUGACAAGCCUAGCCUAAUAACAUCUUCAGUUCGUUUAGAGGACGAAGGAUCCAGGUCCAGGUAUCUUGAAGGACAACCUCUUCCUGAAAGUCCAUCUCAAGAUUCUGAACCUUGUAGCGAAUGCCUGUUGGAAUAUAUUCUCCAAUCGAACGCAGAAGGCAACAAUACCUCACCAUCUCCUCAUAUUGUGAUCUUAGUCACUACGCAAGAGUACCUAAAUGCCUCCAGAUAUCCAGCACUCAAGCAGCAGUUGUUAGAGUCUGAAAUCCAACUUCAUGCUUUCCUAUUUCCCAGCGUUAACGAAGAAUACGAAAGCUAUAAGAUUCCUCUCUAUAAACUGCUCUCAGAAACAGGAGGACAGCUGGUCGCUGUGCAAGAGGACAUCCUUGGCAAUUUAUACAGAGGCUUCAUAAAUGCUGUACGAGGUUACAAGACACAUGAUUUGAUUCUUCAAGAGUACUUACCAACAGAAGAUGAAGAAGAUCUGUCAGUACAGUUUUCUGUCGAUGCUGCUUUAUCACAAAGCCUCCAAAUAUCAUUUUCUGGUCCCCACUUUGAAACAGCCCCAUUAGAAUAUGACAGGACUACGAUCAGCGGUUCAGGAAUCCAAAAUAUAUUCCUCAAAAAGCAAGAGUUGGUGCCUGCUUGGAUUUUUCAUGUUCCAUCGCCUCAGCCUGGAAUAUACACUAUCUCGACGAGAAGAAAAAGAGAUGCAAUAAGUCCAGUAUUGCUGACGGUAACUGGAAAAACGAAUGAAGCAGAAGAUCGGUUGGCUGUUAAAGUAUGGACUGAAAUCCUUACGGAAACCAAGAUUAUUCCCCCACCAGUACUCAUAUUUGCAGAAAUCAAACGAGGAUCAUAUCCAGUAAGCGGAGCAAACGUCGUUGCUUAUGUUCACCAUCCACGAAACCAAACGAUAUCGGAAUUUGCACUUAUUGACGAUGGUCUUGGAGAUAUCGAUAUAACAAGAGAUGAUGGUAUAUAUACCCGCUACUUCACUGACUUUACAGCUCCCGGAUUCUACAACGUUUACGUUAAAUUUGGCGGACUGAAUAACAGUGCUGAUCUUUUGAAAGGACAAUCUGCUAAGUGCUGUGGGUCAUUUUUUCCAUCAAGAACACGCAUUGACACUGGACCUUUGCAGAGGGAAGCUGGGCCAGCUACGUUUCAAGUUGAAGCUGUCAAUGAGACAGACGUUUAUCCACCAGCUCGGGCAACAGAUUUGAGGCUAGUAUGGAGCUCUGACCGAAUCUUUACAUUAAGUUGGACAGCAGUUGGAGACGACUAUGAUUCUGGAGUUGCUGCAGCUUAUGAAGUGAAACUCUUCCCUAGCCGUUUCUUGGUCAGCUAUCAAUUUUCCCAUUCUGGUCUUGAAGUUUACAGCGCCACAAUCGAGACAACUCCUCUUGCCGUAUACGGAACUGCGCUUUAUCACACAGCCACACUUUCCAGGAAAACACAGGGAGGAGUCUAUUAUUUCUUUGUUAGAGCGUUAGAUGAUGCUGGAAACGCAGGGCCACUCUCAAACGCAGUUCCGGUUUUGGUAGAGAACGUGAACCACAGCAGCAGCAUAAACUGUGAAGACGAGGAUCUACCAGUCGCUCAGAAACGAGAUGGUUCCGCGUUUACAUCCAGACCUUUCUUCUUUUUGAUUCUAUUAUUAGUUAUAUUUCUUCUUUUAUAAAUAUUGUACAUUCAGAUUUUAUAUAUACUGUAGAUAUAUUAUUCAUUUGCAUCAUGCUCAAAUGUCAUAGAUAUGAUUGUCUAAUAAAUCAAUAUUUUUGUCUUA